AUGUUGACUAAAGAUAUUGAAAUAGCUUUUCUUCGUCGUAAAACAGUAGGUAGCAUGACCUUAACUGGAGAAUCCACUACUUGGCCAAUCACCAAUGCUAUUAAACCAGCAAGAUAUUUAAUGGUUGGUUUCAAGAACUUACAAGACUCUCAGACAAAUAACAAUAAUGUCUUCAGAGUGGCAAUGAACCAAAAUCAAGAUCCUAUAAUCCAUAAAGUUCAAGUAAGAUUAAACAACGAUAAUUAUCCUAACCAACCUUUAACAAUUAAUCCAUCCACAAAGGAUUAUAAUGAAUUGUAUAGAAACUAUAAACAUAUGUGUGACUUAUUUGGAAAUCCACCUCAGUUUGAAUAUGCACUUCAUGUAACCGGAGAUGAAAUAGAUUUACAAAGAAUUGGCUCAAACACAAAGGAAGGUGGAUUUUUACCUCUCCUACCUUUGAUACUUGCUGGUAUUACCGCAGCUGAUGCAGCAACUGGUGGGAUAUCUGCCGCAGACAAAGCUGCCAACGCAAAGAAAGCAGCUGGUGCUAAAACCGCCGAAGAACGCAGACAUAAUUUAGCAACGGAAAAGGAAGCACGAGGUUCAGGAGUAGCAGAUAUAUUAGGCACAGUAAAAGAAUUUGGAAAUCGAUUUAGUCAAGAAACCAAGAAAACUGUUAAAGAGGGAUUAAGUAAUUUAAUAGAUAAGAUUGACACUGGAGAAAUGAAAGUCAAAUAUAAGGGUAAUGGAAUAUUUAAAAAAAAUAUAUAUACACUGGAGAAGGAAUAUUUCUUUCAAAGUAUAGAGGAGAAGGAGUGA